CGGCGUUCUGCCCGGGGCGAUGACGCUCUCACGCUCGCAGCUGGAGCAAAUCAGAGCCGAUGCAGGCGCCGACGCAGUUCCCAUCGAUUUCGCCAAGAUGGCAUCGUGGAGCGAAGUCGAGGCGGCCGCAUUCUUUGAGAGCGGCGGCGACGACCACGGCCCGCCGCCAGCGCUCCAGAUGGUCAUGGACGACCUCGCGAUGCGAUUCGUUGUCAAUUGUCCCGCAGAGGAGCAGGAGUCGUUUGAGCGGCUUCUCUUCCAGGUGGAGGCCGCCUUCUGGUUCUACGACGACGAGUACCGCGAGAUCUGGCCGCACUCCUUCCCGUGCUUCACCCUCCUCCAGUUUGCGCAGAAGCUCUUCGAGAUGUGUGAGCUCCUCAAGCCCUUCGCGGCGCGGACCAGCGAGCUGUACGAAAAGUUCCGGCAGUACAAGAUCCAGAUCCCGACCUGCGGCGCCAUGCUGCUCGACCAGAGCCAGACCAAGGUCCUGCUCGUGCUCGGGCACAAGUCAAAGUCCUGGGGCUUCCCAAAGGGGAAGAUAGACCGCGACGAGUCUCACGUCGCCUGCGCGGUGCGCGAGGUGCUCGAGGAGGUCGGGUAUGACAUCUCCCAGGCCCGAGAUCUAGCCGAGACGCAGCCGAGAUGGCUCGAGGAGGCCAUCGACCCUUCCGUCUACAUCGAGCGGCAGCACAAGGGCCUCCCGCUCACCCGCCUCUACCUCGCGCGCAACGUGCCCGCCGACACGCUCUUCCAGACGCGCACCAAGAAGGAGAUCGACGAGAUCCAGUGGCACAAGCUCGCGGCACUCCCAACCUCGAAGGAGGCUGCCUGUGCCGCGGCCGACAAGAAGCCCUUUUGGAUGGUCGCGCCCUAUGUCCUCUGGCUCAAGCAGCAGCUCGCCGCCGAGCGAAAGGCGAAGAAGAAGGGCGGAGGCAAGAAGCAGACCGCCGCCGCCGCCACCCCCGCCACCGCCACCGCCGCCUCGGCGGGCGCCUCCUCCUCCUCCUCUCCAAAGCUUGGGCCGCAGCAGCUGACUCCCGCGGGCGGCAAGGACGCCGGCGCGACCGCCGCCCUUCUCGAGAUGCUCUCUGGCUCCGGCGUGCUCGCUGACGCAGCCCUCGGCGACGGAGCGCCACCGCCGCCGCCGCCGCCCGCCGCGCUGCCCGCGCCGGCGGCGGGCGAGGCAGCCGUCGCCACGGGGUCGAGAAGGAAGGGCAAGGAGCGCGAGCCGAGGGGGGCAGGCGCGAGCGCCGCCGCCACCAAGCCGUCGAGGGCCAACCGCGUCGCGCUCGGAGUCGCGCCUGGCGGGCGAGGCAAGCAGGUGAGCGUGCUGCAGCGGCCCGCGGGGAGGGUAGAGAGGCAGCGCGAGGGGGCGGCUGAGAUGGUGACGCCGGCGGCGCGAGGUCAUCCGCUGCUCGACUUUGCCUUUGACGUUGAUGCGGUGCUGAGCGCGUUGAGCGAGGGCAGGCCGCUGCCGCAGCGUCAGGCGGGUUCUGCGGCCGUAUCAUUUUGAUCGUGUCUUUUGCGAGAUCCGGUGCUCUCCGAUUCUACAGUGCAGUAGACCACGCAACACAAAAGGUAGAUCUAAAGCCG